AAAACAUCCUCCUCACCGUCUCCGCCGUCGUCAAGGCCAUCUAAAAGCAUGAGUGGAAGCAAGCUCUCAGUGUCAAGCGUGCGGGGCUCUAUUAAAGAGCUUCUCGCUGAAUCCGCCGAGAAGAAGCGAAACUUUGUCGAGACCAUCGAGUUGCAGAUUGGUCUCAAGAACUACGACCCCCAGCGUGACAAGCGUUUCUCUGGAACCGUCCAGCUCCCUAACAUCCCCCGUCCCCGCAUGUCCAUCUGCAUUCUCGCCGAUGCCAACGAUAUCGAUCGUGCCAAGCAGAUUGAGCUCGAGUACAUGUCCGUCGAUGAUUUGAAGAAGCUCAACAAGAACAAGAAGUUGGUCAAGAAGUUGGCCAAGAAGUACGAUGCUUUCCUUGCUUCUGAAGCCCUCAUCCGUCAGAUCCCUCGUCUCCUUGGUCCCGGUCUCUCCAAGGCUGGCAAGUUCCCCACCCCCGUGUCGCACGCUGAGGACCUUACCAACAAGGUCGCCGAGGUCCGCUCGACCAUCAAGUUCCAGCUCAAGAAGGUCCUCUGCUUGGGUGUUGCCGUCGGCCACGUCAACAUGAACGACGACCAGGUCCUCACCAACGUCAUGCUUAGCAUCAACUUCUUGGUCUCCCUGCUCAAGAAGAACUGGCAGAACGUCAAGUCCCUCCACAUCAAGUCCACCAUGGGCAAGCCCAUCCGCCUCUACUAAUCGCAUCACAUCUCGAUAUUUUCGACGACGGCUAUUGUUGGGCGUAUGGUGGAGGUGGAGGAGUGGACGGUGAUGGGAUGGUGCUGUGGUGUCAGGGGGCCGUAAUGCAUAACAUGAAGCCCCGCACGCUUGGACCAACAGUCCCAUGAGGAGGGGACUGAUUGGGAGCUGAUGCGGUCUCCUGUUUCUAUCCUGGUGCUUAUCCUACUGCCGAUUCCGUUCUUCUUCGUUCCAUGCUGCAAUGUAGUUCACGAAGUCCAUGACACAAAAUGUAAUUCUGAUGAUGACUCGCACA